AUGGCCAGCCUGAAAACAGUUGUUGUGGGUGCUGAGUACAAUGGUGCUUUACCUAAUGGAGACAGAGGUCGGAGGAAAAGUAGAUUUGCCCUCUAUAAACGACCCAAAGCUAAUGGAGUCAAACCCAGCACGGUCCACGUGAUAUCCACGCCACAGGCAUCCAAGAAAUCAGUCCAGAACCUGGAGGACCUUACAAAAGCCAUCAGCUGCAAAGGUCAACACAGUAUAUCAUACACUCUGUCAAGGAAUCAGACUGUGGUGGUCGAAUAUACACACGAUAAAGAUACGGAUAUGUUUCAGGUGGGCAGAUCAACCGAGAGCCCCAUCGACUUCGUCGUCACAGACACAGUUUCCGGCGGUCAGAACAGUGACGAAGCCCAGAUCACACAAAGCACCAUAUCCAGGUUUGCCUGCAGGAUUGUCUGUGACAGGAAUGAGCCUUAUACAGCACGGAUAUUCGCAGCCGGAUUCGACUCUUCCAAAAACAUAUUUCUUGGAGAAAAGGCAGCAAAAUGGAAAAACCCCGAUGGCCACAUGGACGGGCUCACUACAAAUGGGGUCCUGGUGAUGCACCCCAGAGGGGGCUUCACUGAGGAGUCCCAGCCCGGGGUCUGGCGCGAGAUCUCCGUCUGCGGAGAUGUGUACACCUUGCGAGAAACCAGGUCAGCCCAGCAGAGGGGAAAGCUGGUGGAAAGUGAGACCAACGUGCUGCAGGACGGCUCCCUCAUCGACCUGUGCGGGGCCACCCUGCUCUGGCGGACCGCCGACGGCCUCUUCCACGCGCCCACCCAGAAGCACAUCGAGGCCCUGCGGCAGGAGAUCAACGCGGCGCGGCCGCAGUGCCCCGUGGGGCUCAACACCCUGGCCUUCCCCAGCAUCAGCAGGAAGGAGGUGGUGGAGGAGAAGCAGCCCUGGGCCUACCUCAGCUGCGGCCACGUGCACGGCUACCACAACUGGGGCCACCGCAGCGACACGGAGGCCAACGAGCGGGAGUGCCCCAUGUGCAGGACUGUGGGCCCCUACGUGCCUCUGUGGCUCGGCUGUGAGGCCGGGUUUUACGUGGACGCGGGACCGCCGACGCACGCCUUCACCCCGUGCGGACACGUGUGCUCGGAGAAGUCUGCCAAGUACUGGGCUCAGAUCCCGCUGCCGCACGGCACCCACGCGUUCCACGCCGCCUGCCCCUUCUGCGCCACGCAGCUGGCCGGGGAGCAGAACUGCAUCAAAUUAAUUUUCCAGGGUCCAGUCGACUGAUGCCCUUGGCAGCCAUCUACGACUUUAUUAACAAGUUACUGUGAAGAUUUUUGCCACUAACUCUCGAUUUUACCUUUUUAUAGUGUUUGUUAAGGGAGGGGCCCGAGGCUGGGAGGAGGGGGAGGGAGUUGGAGGCCAGUGGUGUGUGACUUGCUGCAUCGUCCUUGAAAUCGGCCUGGUGAACCACAUGAUCUCUGUAAUGAUUGAACCGAAGCGCCAUGCAUUUAUUUCAACCUUGAGUUUUUAAGCAAGUCUUUUUUUCCCUUUGUAGCCUUGGAUAAAACUUUAAAUCAUAUUUUAAAAAUGAAAAAAUUUAUUCAAAAGUUGUUGGCUCAUAAUAUGCCGCGGUCCGUGCUGCAGGGUGUAGGUGUCCUGGAAGACGUACGAUGUCUGGAAAUACUUGAUACAACAGGCUAGACUCGGACCAGAUCAGGAGACCUUAGGCACAGGUGGUGGUUUUGAAAUCUGGGGCUUUUUUCUGAUUUUUCUUACUUUUGGGGGAGAGAAUGUUCAUAUGUUGUCCUGUUUUCUUUUUAACGUUGGUGGAAUUUAAUUAUUUUAUACACACAAUCACCAAAUACCUUGGCAUUUCAAACAAUGAACUUUCCGUAACUUUUUACUUUGCCUUUUGUUAUUUCUAAUAUAGUUUGCCCCCAUACUCAUCGUGCAUGGCCAGAACUGUUCAGUUUAUUAAAAUGUAGCAACUUUUAAAAAUCCAUUCACUGAGGGUGAUUAUUGCAGCAGUAAACAUGGCCUAGGUACUAUAAUACCAAGUUUAUUUGCUUACCGAAUUGUUUUAAGAUUUAAGAGCGAUUAAAAGUGAGAUUUUACUUUUUAAAACCACUCGUUGAGGUUUCAUAAGUUUUUUUUUUUUUCUUCCUAAAGAAAGCCAAAAUUCUGUGAGCCUAAGAGCAACACGUCACAAUGACACGGGCAUUUUUAUCUACUCCCUCUCCGCCAUCUGUCACCUUCCCUCGCAGCUUACAGAGCCCUGGAAGUUUUGAAAAUGUUUGCAAAUCAAGCUACAUUUAAAUGUGAUCAUUAGAUAUACACAACACCAAGUGGUACAUCUGCAGAGAUAAUUUGAAAUUCCUGAUUUCAAGAGAGCAAAUGAGUGUUUACUGAGGAAUAAUUAAAUCAAAAUUUCAGAUGAGCCCCUCCAACCCUCUCUGUUUUUUCCCUCUCACUUGGAAUAAUAAUCCGUGGGUGCCCGUUCUGUGUGGUACCAGGAGCAUCACUGCUCCCAGAAUGGAAAUCCUACAGGACAGAGCUGGCUGAGAUGGUGGGUCCCUGCCACAUGGAACAAGUAUUUAUUUAAGCUAACAUCCUCUUAAAUUGACCACUGCACAUCCGUACUACAUUUUUUAACCUUUGUAAAGAUUCUAAUUUAUAUGGUUCUAAUAUACUAUAUCUGUACUUGAAUUGGUUUUUUCUUGUUUUGCCUACUGGCAAAUAUUUUGCCUAUUUUCAAUUGUUCUGACCCAUUUUUGAAUGUCCUUUUCCUUAAAGUGGUAAGCUGUAUUACUCCUGAUUGCUGCUGCUUAAUUUGACUUAAUAUAUAAGAAGUUCAGCCUCUGUUAUAAAAUAGCUUUACUUUCCCAUGGAGACUAUUGUGUAGGAUGAGAUGUGGUUUUUUGGGGGUAGGUUUUAAGUGAUGUGAGAAUCCAACCACAGUCCUCUUACUGAUCGCUUCCCCUGUUCUAUGCAGCGUACUCUACCUGCAGACAGAAAAGAAAGCAAUGGAGUUGCCUAACUAAUACAUCAAAUGCCUCUUAAUUUAGCCAGAGUCUCCAGUGAUCAGCUUUCACUGAUAGAGUGUGUCCUUUCCAUCUGUGAUUCUUUGGGCUUCACAAAAUGGUAAAGGAAGCACACACUCUUUUUCUUACUAUAGAGCUAGAAGGUGGUUUGAGGACUCUUGAUACCCUAAAAGUAUCUUGUAAGGUAAAUGGUCUAGCAUCCAGAAAGGCUGGAUUUUACCUCUCAAAAAAAACUUUUUUUUCCAGAAAGUUGUGCUCUGAUACAAUUUUCCAUUUUCAAGAACUAUAUAGGAGUCUGGUAGUUCUGCAUAUAACAUGUGCCUCAAAACAAAAUUAUCUUCCAACCUGAAAAGUUUCUGACUUUUAGCAAACUCAGAUAGCUAAAUGGAAGUUGAAAUUUGGGGAAUAAAUUUCAAACUCUUGGAAGGCGCUAGCUACAUCUUGUCCUUGCAGCUCCACGUGAGGUCCCUCCUACCUGCCUAAGACACCACAGUGCGGGGGCAAGUCUUCAAAAAGGAAACCAUGUUCAUCUUGGCCACGUUUAGUCAGAUCCUCUUAGGAUCUUGGCUAAUGAGAUUUGUUUCUCAGAGUUGAGAGUGUCAGUUUGUAGGAAUAAAGAACUCUAAUCACCCAAGUAGAGUAAUCUAGUUCAGAAAAGGUCACCUCUCAGAGGUCACGUCUGUUUUUAUGUUUUGCUUGCCACCACAUUGAAGGGUGAGUCUCACUCCCCUAUGUGCAUUCAUAGGAAGUUACUGACCAAUUAUCCCCAUCUCGGCCUGACCGAAAUGCCUCUUGUGAAUAGGUUUCCAGAAGUUUGGCCCCAGUGAUGUAUUCCCAUUGGUAUUUUUUUUUUUCAGUUGUUUACUACCAAAAAAAAAAAAAAUUCAGAGUGAAUGGGGUUACAACACAAUAUUUUUCUAGUCCGGAAUUUUUUUAUUAAUAAUCGGUGCUGCCGGGUCAUGCAUGCUGCAACUCUUAACAUUUUCUUUAUUUGGUUAUGCUUUUUGCAAAAAGGGCUACAGUUCACACUGCAGAGUAUUAAGCUUUCUGGGUUUUUCCCACUGUGGCCCCAAAGAGUUAAAAUCUUUUAAUAUAAAUAGAGCAUAUUUAUCAUUCCUCGAUAGUUAAUUAUAGAGUUUGGUACCUUUGUGCCUCAGGGAAGCCACGUGAUAUAACUGGUUAUAGAAUUUCAGGGUUAGGGUUUAGAGAAAGGAGAAAGCCAUUGGAAAAACGAUGGGCUCCAUUAAGGAGACUAAUGAAUCUGGAUGCAGAAAUAUGCCGGGAACUGGCAUACACAUGAUUGUAGUAGAAUUUAUUUCCAGUAUCAUUACGGAAAUAGUUUUUAAGUUAUUCCAUAUACUGUAUCAGGAGAGUUGAGGAGAGUGCUUCAUAAAGCUUCAACGCUUUAUUUUUGCUUACAUAGAAAAACUCCAACUCCUGUGAUGUGGGAGCUCAGUAUUGUUGUUUGGGCACUUUUGAGAGUGUAAGGGAAACGUUUCCCCUGUCUUGAUUUAAGUGUGACACAGGUCACAGAAUUGUCACCUGCCGUUCUAUGAUUUUGAUCGACUUCUUUUGUUUUUAAAAGCCAUUCUGUGCUCUGGACUUGCAUGAAAAGGUUAUGAUCACACCAUUGUUAAUGCUGGCUAACACCGAGCUAUAUUCGAGUGAUCCUGCCUUGUGACAGUGGAAUUUCUGAUAGACAAACCACGGAACUUUGAUUUUAAGCCGGGUCCAGCUCCGUUCCCUUGCCGGUCAACCUUAUAUCCCCACAGUCCAGCCUCCAUGGGCUGAAGGUAUGAAGGUCCGUCAUUAGUACUGGAAAUGGAGCCACCCUGUGAUCGCUUCUUUAUGACCCAGUCAAAGGCCAAUGAGAAAACUUUAGGGUCUUUUGAAAAGAGUGUAAGAAUGAUUGAAGCAGUACAAGACUUCUCAGUAUUUCUUUUUUAUAAAACUUACAUCCUCUCAAGUAAAUUUUAGCCCUCAUGAACAAUCCCUAGAGGAAGAUAGGGAAAAGCAAAUAUUUUUCCAGUUCUAUUUAACUUUCUAAACAAAAUAAACUCAAUGAAAGGGAAGCUGGGGUUUUUGUUUUGUUUUGUUUUUUAGUGGAGAUGACAGAUUGCUUCCCUGUAUUAAAUAGUCUAGUUAAGGGGUGGUCAUAUUUACCAUGUAUAGUGUUAUGAGCAGUUAAAUUUUAUGGCUAUAUUUGUAAAACUUCUUUUAUAUUUCAUGUCAAAUUGAAAAAUUUAUUUCUUCACUAUUGUACCUGUGGAAAUACAAGCCAUUUUACAGGAAAAACCUUCAAAAACUAUUAAACGGAUCUCAGUAUGUUUCUGAGUGGUUGUCUUCAGACUCUGUGGCCAUCCUGGGUUCAUCAGGACAUUCACUAGGAAACUAAUACAAAAGCAGACUUGAUUCUUGUAUUUAAGCUUAUUAUUGUUUUAUAUUCCACACAGUGCGGAUAUAUUAAAAUCUGGAUACUGAAAACCCCCUUAAUUUUCUUAUGGAAAAAAAACUUCAUUGGUGCUUAUAUUACUAUUUCUUGUGACAUUACAUCUCUGUCAAAUAACUCUAACUUCUAGGAGAUCUUAACCUGGCUUGUAGGAUUAAUGGAUUUUCUUUCUGACCAUUAAAGUUAUAUUGCUA